GCACCAGAGUAGGACGGUGUUGCAGUCAGACGGGUCCGGGUGAAUAAAUCGGUCAAAGGUCGAGUGGACCCCGGGCGAGGCGGGGAGUCUCGUUUCUGACACUAACGGCUGGAUCGUAUCUGUCACUGCUCCUUCUGCCUCCCAGUUCGUCCUCGACCUCCCUCGGUCUCUGUCGUGUGUGUCGUCCUCUCCCAGCGAGGUGGGAAAGUGCAAAAAAAUGGCCAAACAGGCGCAGCCGAUCAGUCCGAUGAAGAACUUCUUCGCCGGGGGGUUCGGAGGGGUCUGCCUCGUCUUCGCGGGACACCCGCUGGACACCAUCAAAGUGCGUUUACAGACUCAACCCAAAGCCAAACCUGGAGAGAUCCUUGAAUAUGCUGGAACUAUUGAUUGUUUUAAAAAGACUUUAGCCAAAGAGGGUGUGAAAGGACUCUACAAGGGGAUGGCGGCUCCAAUAAUUGGAGUUACACCCAUGUUUGCCGUUUGUUUCUUCGGAUUUGGAAUGGGCAAGAAACUACAACAGAGAACCCCUGAUGAUAUCCUGACGUAUCCACAGCUGUUUGCCGCAGGGAUGUUGUCAGGUGUGUUUACGACAGCCAUCAUGGCCCCUGGAGAGAGAAUCAAAUGUCUGCUCCAGACUCAGGCCUCGAGAGGAGAGGUGAAGUACGCAGGACCUAUGGACUGUGUCAAACAGCUUUACAAACAGUCGGGAAUCAGAGGAAUCUACAAAGGCACAGCUCUGACCCUCAUGAGAGAUGUACCAGCGAGUGGAAUGUACUUCAUGUCUUACGAGUGGCUGAAGAACCUCCUCACACCAGCAGGAAAGAGGAUGAUGCGUAAGGUUGAGAUACCAGCGGGACUGAAAGAGCUUCUGCAGGGAUACACGGUUGAGGUGAUUCGUCGCAGGCCUCCUAACUUGGUUGAAUUUGCGGUGCAGCAUUUCACACAAAUCCUGGAAAACCAAAAAAACGAGCAUCAAGCCAAAAAAUGCAGCACCAAACCUGCACAGGAGGAAGCCACCUUUGAAACUGCUGCAAGUGAGCCCAACAGGGAUGAGGAAGAAGAAGAGGAGGAAGAGGAGAGGGACACUGUCAAGACCACCACUAACAGAUAUCGCAGAGUAGCAGUUUGUGCAGAAGCCUACAACCCGGAUGACGACGAGGACAACGACAGCGAGCCUCAGGUUGUGCAUCCCAAGUCAGACGAGCAGCGCGCGCGGCUUCAGGAAGCGUGCAAACAUAUUUUGCUCUUUAAAACUCUGGAGAAGGAACAGAUGUCUGAGGUUUUAGAUGCCAUGUUUGAGGUGUUCGUCGAGCCCCAGGAGCACAUCAUAGAUCAAGGAGAUGAUGGGGAUAAUUUCUAUGUCAUAGAGAAAGGCGUCUACGAUAUUUUUGUACAGAAGGAUGGCGUGAGUGUCCGUGUCGGAAGCUAUAACAACAAAGGUAGUUUUGGAGAGCUGGCACUUAUGUACAACACACCUCGGGCUGCCACCAUUGUUGCAACAGAGGAGGGCGCUCUGUGGGGCCUGGAUCGAGCUACGUUUCACAAACUGAUCGUGAAAAAUAAUGCAAAGAAGAGGAGGAUGUAUGAGGCCUUCGUGGAGUCUGUUCCUCUUCUGAAGUCUCUGGAGCUUUCAGAGAGGAUGAAAAUUGUUGAUGCUUUAGGAGUACGAUCAUUCCAAGACGGAGAGCGCUUAAUAACUCAGGGAGAGAAGGCUGACUGCUUCUACAUCGUGGAAUCAGGAGAAGUGAAAAUUAUGAUCAAAAUCAAAACCAAGGCGGAGCAGCAGGAUAACCCAGAGGUUGAAGUGGCUCGCUGCUCCAGAGGGCAGUACUUUGGAGAGCUGGCGCUGGUUACCAACAAACCGCGUGCAGCAUCAGUUUACGCUGUUGGAGAGACUAAAUGUUUAGUAAUUGACAUCCAGGCCUUUGAGCGCUUGUUGGGACCAUGCAUGGACAUCAUGAAGAGGAACAUCUCCCAGUAUGAGGAGCAGCUGGUGGCGCUGUUCGGCUCCAGUCAGGAUCUGAAAUAUGAGGAAACCACAUAAUAACGCUGCCAUUUCAAGUCAGUCCUAGUAGAGCACGUGACAUCAUUAUUCUCCUCCAAACUCCCUGCACAAUUCUGCAAAUAUUAAAAAGAUGUAACUUUUGUGCAGUGCACAUGUGAAUGAAACAUUUCCCUUACAGACACCCCCCAAAUGACCCAGUACAAUGCAACUUUUGCUAUAAUAAAUCAGCGCAUGAUAUAAUGCCUCCAGUACAACAAAACAGAGGUUUAAAUUUAGUUGAACACACGUCACAAGUCGUUCCACGUCUAUGUAGGUCAGAGUAGCCACUUAAGACACUUGAAUAAUAUAUUACUGCCAGUCCAUGGCUUUUUAGGAAACCAUUAGUUAAAUGGUUAAGGCCUUAGUAGCAUAUCUUUGGCCAUGAGUUAUAUUAAAAAUAUAUCAAAACAUUUGUGUCAGUCAAGCUUUCAUAAGUACAUACAGUAAAACUUGCUCUUUUACAUAAAUGUAAAAUGUUUUCAGGAGCCACACAUCUGCUUGUUGGAUGGCCCAUUGGUUGUUUGGUUUUUAAAUAAUGCAACACUAGUUCAUGUUCAGUUAUGUGGCAUUACAGUACUUUGAAAUCACCAUCAGGAUUACUGAAUAACAAGCUGUCCUAGCUUUUUUUCCCCCCCAUUUAUAAUCAGGAUCUUUUGACAUUCCCCCGUUUUUUUUCAAUCCUUACUGAAUAUAGCAUGAAAAAUAACUAGGAUAAUUAAAACCUGAGAACCAGAGAAAAU